AUGGGUCGACCCAACGAUAAAUACGGUUUCAUUAGACCACCGGUUGUUAAUAAUAACGACGAGUCUUAUCGGGAACCGGAGGGGCAAUGGUUUGAGCAGAGAGUCGAUCACUUUAAUAAACAAGACAAUAGAACUUUUAAACAGCUUUAUUACGUGGACGACACUCACCAUAAAACUGAUGGACCAGUAUUUCUCAUGAUUGGAGGCGAGGGUGCGAUCGACUCUACAUAUGUCACAUCAAUGUUCAUGACUGAAAUGGCCCAAAAGUACGGCGCUCUGGCCGUGGCGUUAGAGCACCGGUAUUACGGGAAAUCCAUUCCCACACCAGACCUGUCCACUCAAAACCUGAAAUACCUGUCGAGUGAAAUGGCGCUGAAAGACACGGAACAGUUUGCACUGUAUUUGACCAAAAAGUUAUCACUUGAAGGCAACAAAUGGGUUGUGUUCGGGGGCUCGUAUUCAGGAAACCUAGCAACUUGGUUCAGGGAAAAGUACCCCAAUAUAGCUAUCGGUGCCAUAGCUUCGAGCGCUCCCGUCGGUGUUGUUAUGGACAAUAUGUUUUAUUUAGGUGUUAUGAGUGAAUUGAUGGGUAAAGAGUGUUCAGAUAAUAUUAGGAAAGCCCACAACGAGUUUGAAGGGCUCCUGAAAACACCGGAAGGUGUGAUAAAAUUACGCAAAACAUUGGAUUUGUGUCAAUCGUUUGACGGCAAAAAUGUUGACAAUAAUAUGUAUUUAGCGGAACAGAUGGUUAUGUUUCUGGGCAUGCAUUUGUCGCCUGAGUCGGCAAUCAAUGGCGUCCGUAAGAUAAUGAAUGACUCGUCUGUUGGGACACCAUUUGAAAGAUAUGCCAAAGCGAUCGGUAUGAAUAAUAAUGACCAGGAUUGUUUAGAGAUACAGCAUAGCAUACUUAUUAAAUCAUUACAAAACACAACUAUCGAUCCAAUGGGAACUAUAGGAAUGAGACAGUGGUUGUAUCAGAUGUGCACUGAAUUCGGAUACUUCCCGACCAGUGAUCUCCCAAACAGCCCCUUCGGACACAACAUUCCCGUUGAAUACUAUAUUAAACAAUGCACUGAUAUAUUCGGCCCACAGAUUACCGGUCAAACCAUACAGAAAGGGGUCGACCGGACAAAUGCCAACUACGGGGGCCUUAAACCUAAAGUAACAAACGUGGUGUUUCCUAACGGGUCACUCGACCCCUGGCACGCAAUCAGUGUCCUUAAAGACCUAAAUAACUCAACUAAAGCUGUUAUGAUUGAAGGCGGAGAUCAUUGCUAUGAUAUGAAUAAAUCGAGUCAAUCCGAUUCCCAGAAGGAUUCCCAUUAUAAGAGUGGUGGACCAGUAUUUCUCAUGAUUAGUGGUGAAAGUGAGGCAGGUGCAUUUUGGCUCACAAAUAAGACUUAUAUGGGAGAAAUGGCCCCAAAGUUUGGCGCUCUGGCAGUGGUGUUAGAGCACCGGUAUUACGGGAAAUCCGUUCCCACACCAGACCUGUCCACUGAAAAUCUGAAAUACCUGUCGAGUGAAAUGGCGCUCAAAGACACGGAACAGUUUGCACUGUAUUUGACCAAAAAGUUAUCACUUGAAGGCAGCAAAUGGGUUGUGUUUGGGGGCUCGUAUUCGGGCAAUCUAGCUGCUUGGUUUAGAGAAAAGUACCCUAAUAUAGCCGCCGGUGCCAUAGCCUCCAGCGCUCCCGUCGAGGCUGUUGUCGAUUUCAUGGGUUAUGCGGGAGUUGUUAGCGAAUCGCUGGGAAAGGAGAAAGCCUUUAUCGAAAUGGAGACUCUGUUAAAAACACCGGAAAGUGUGAUAAAAUUGCGCAAAACAUUGAAUAUGUGCGACACAUUUGACGGCAAAAAUAUCAAUAAUAACCGGUUAUUAGCGUUUAAUUUGAUGGGCACUAUGGCUCAUGCCGUUCAGUACAACUUACAUCUCGAUGUAAUCCGUAAAAUAAUGAACGACUCCUCAAUGGGUACGCCACUGGAAAGGUAUGCCACAGUACAGGGUGUGAACCACACAAAGCCAUGCGAUGACGUAAAUUAUAACGAAAUGAUCAAAGCGUCGAGAAAUACAACUAUCGAUCCUCAUAUGAUGGCGAGACAAUGGGAAUAUCAGGCGUGCAAUGAAUUUGCAUAUUUUAUAACCACUGAUCUUGUAAACAAUCCGUUCGGACACAACGUUCCCGUGGAGUUUUGGGUGCAAAUGUGCGCUGAUAUGUAUGGCUCACAGUUUACGCCACAAAGCAUACAAAAAGCGGUCGACCGGACGAACGCAUAUUACGGGGGUUUAAAGCCAAACGUGACAAAUGUUGUGUUCCCUAACGGGUCACUCGACCCCUACCAGGCUCUCAGUGUUCUCCACGAUCUCAAUAAUAGCACCAAAGCUGUGAUGAUUGAGAACUACUCACACGGCGGCGAUAUGUGGGGAUCGACACCAAAGGAUACUCAGAGUUUGAUAAAUGCUCACAAAUUGAUUGAACAACAAAUCGCUGAAUAUAUUAAAUAAAUGUAAAUUAUUAUUUAAAAAAUUAUAUUUAAUUUUCAGUCUUGCC